UUUCCAUCUCCUCUGCUCGGUGGUUGGUUGUUGGCUGCGGGAAGGGGUUCUCGGGAAAAGGUUUCCUCUUCGGGGGCAUCACGUAGGCCUCGCCGCUUCCGUUCCCUUCUACUGGCUGCUGGCGCCUCUGCGAGCUCCUGCUCCUGCUGCUGCUACCACCCACAGACCCACCACUUCCGCUCGUUCUCCUCCCUUGGCGCUACGCUUUCUGCAUUUACUCGGCCGGGCUCUGGCGAGGCCCCUCUCGGUUUUGGCCUCUCCGCUCAGUCCCCUCCCACGUUUCUUGGCUGCAGCAGGCUCAGGCUGCAGGCCUCUGUAAAAAGCUCCUUCCCGUUUGUUCUGGUGCAGUGCAGCUCCUCCCCCUGCAGGUGGUGCAGCUAGGCGGACCACGGCGCACGCCAUGGGCCGCGCGAUGAGGUGGCUCAAGAAGGUGCUCGCCGGCACCAAGAAGGAAGGGGAGAGGGGCCGCAAGGAGCAGCACAAUGCCGCGUGCGCAGGCGGAGGCCUGCCGCCGGUGGAGAAGAGGCGGUGGAGCUUCGCGAAGCCGAGGCACAGCGUGGCAGACGGCGGCCGGAGGCCCUCGGUGACCGCCGUCGCCGCCGGGGAGCUGUCGCAGGUGCGGCCGUGCAACUGCGGCCUGGAGCGCGAGGCGGAAGCCGCCGUCGUCAUCCAGAAGGCCUUCAGAGGGUACUUGGCAAGGAAGGCGCUGCGUGCCCUCAAGUCGCUGGUGAAGCUGCAGGCUCUGGUGCGUGGCUACCUCGUGAGGAAGCAGGCGGCCACGACGCUGCGCAGGCUGCAGGCGCUCAUGAGGCUCCAGGCCAGGACGGCGUCGUCCCGGAAAUCCGUUGAGCAAGAGCGGAUUGUUGGGCGCGCGAAGCUGGCGACGCUGCCGGUGGUGCACCGCCGGCGGCUGUCCGACGGCGGGGACACUGGGUUCGAUCGCAGCCCGAGGAUCGUGGAGAUGGACACGUGCCAGCUCCGCUGCCGGUCGUCCCGCAUCGCGAGCCGGUACGCCGCCGACCAGCCGGCCGCCUCGCCGCUGCUCUACUUCCUGAAGCCGGCGUUGCGCCUCCAGGGGCAGGAGCUGGUGGAGCCGCCGCACCCGAAGACGACCCACAACACGCCCCGCCUCGGCGCGUUCCCGGGCUACCUCGGCUCGCCGGCGGCGGCGAGGCCCGGGCGCGGCGCCUCGUGCCGGGACGCCGGGAGCAGCCCGCGGUACAUGGCGGACACGGCCUCGUCCGUGGCGCGCACCCGGUGCCAGAGCGCGCCCAGGCAGCGGCAGGGCGAGCACGCGGCGGCCGAGCCGAGGCCCAGCGUCGGGAGCGGCGGGUCCAGGAAGCAGGCGCGGCCGCAGCCGCAGGCGCCGGACAGCUUCAGCUUCAAGAGCUCGGAGGCCAGCCGCGGGGAGGACUCGGAGCUCAGCGACGAGGUCACCAGAGACUACUACCUGGACCGGCUCUGGUGAUUGAUUCCGCCAUGGCGCCACCAGCUGGUUCGGGAGAAGAAAAGCUUUAACAUUUCGGUACAUAUUAGCAGUAGGAUUACUAGGAUCAAGAUGCCUUAGGCCACGGCAAGAUGCCAAGAUCUGACUACUAAUCUAGAAGGAUUAUUAUGUAGCUCAGCCGAGCAGCGUCAUCAGAUCGUGCCUAUGUCGAAAAACGCCGCAGCUCGUGCAGCUGUGAGCUCGUGAUUACCAAUUGCGUGCUCCA